AUGGGGGAGCAGACCACAGAAUUUAGCAAAUGGAACAAACCAGGUUUANAGCCAAAGAGCUGCCAUGCAAAGGGAACCAGCUGGUGCAUGAUAGCAAAGGCCCGAGCCUUUCCUGCACCGUGCCGGGUAUGCUGUAACCUAUGUUUUCCCCUUGCAGGACUAUUUCAGUAUUCAAAAACGUGUUCCUCAACGAGUGAUGCUGAGUGCACGUGCAAGGAGGGCUAUCGCUGCGGCGGGGAUGGCUGCACCUACUGCACCCGAAGCUGUGGCGUGGGCCAGGAGAGCACCAGGAACGGUUGCCAGACUUGCCGCAAUGGAACCUUUAAUGAUCAGCCCAAUGGCUCCUGUAAAAACUGGACAAUAUGCUCUGGAAACCAAGUCCUGGAACCUGGAACUCCAGCAAAAGAUGUCAUUUGCAAACACACUUCAGUUAAUCCCACUUUUGUCACUACUGUACCUACCACAUCUCUUGAAAUUCCAUUUUCUAUAACUGUGCCAGGGAAGACUGUUCAGACAGACAUGAUCAGGAUUUCUCUCGCUGUGGCUGGACUGUCGUGCAUAAUGUUUCUGCUGCCUUUGUGCAUCUGCUUCAGUGUCUGGCAGAAAAAGAAACUACACUCUGUCUUCAAGAAAAUGCACACACCUGAACAGUCAAUUCAGGAAGAUGAUGCCUGCAGCUGCCGCUUCCCUGAGGAAGAACAAGGUGAAUAUCAGGAUCCUGGCAAAUCCACAGAAUUAAGAGAUCUUCUGGUGAACUAGAAAUUGAACUAAGUGAGCCACAUUUGAAUUUUCUCUUAAAACACAGAACAAGAACCUGUUUAUGUAAAUAGAGUGGAUGUCAGCUUCUGAGUGUUAGAGCAGUAAAUAGCCAGGCACUGAGGAAAAAGUACUAUUUUUUAAUAUUUCUUUAAAAAAAUAAUAAAAAAAAAACUCCAAAAAAGUUUGCUGGUUUUCUUCCUCUAGGAGUAAGGAUAUUUCUAAGGAGUGGUUCUUGAUCUACAUGUAGAAAGAGGUACUGCAUUUAAUAGCUCCAAGUGCAGAAUAGUUUUCUGGUCCCUCAUUAAUGCUACCUGAGCCAUAAUUUACACGCACUCCAAAAGCAUUUGAAGCUAAAAAGGAGAUCUGUAACACAUUGCAGAGUCACUGGUGACACUCAUGGUACGUUUAGUACCAGCCACCCUCUUGGGUCUGGAGCCACAGCUCCUCCCAAAGUCUGGCCCAAACCCUUGGGAUUUGUGUGCAAAUACAGAUGGAGCUCAUUUGAUCCCAUCAGCCCUGGAGACAGAUCCCUGGCCUCACCACUGCACCCUCCUUACAUUUAGGGAAAAGGGAGCCAUAAAAUCUUGAGCUGCAAAGUGUUCCACAGCAGCAUCUGCUGUUGUGUUACACCAAUUGAGGGAGGCAGUGGAAACACUGAGAGAAGCUGUGGUUGACUUGAGCUUAGAAAUAGCUGUUACUGUGCAGCUGGACUGCAGCACCUUCAGCCCUACAUCAUUCAGCUUUGAUCUUUUAGGUGAUGUAAACUUUAUGUACUUUGCAGCUGUACGUGUGCUAUCUUUGUGGUGCUAUUUUUGUAACUGAGGUUGGAAAGAUUUUAACAUCAGACACUGUAUCUGUCUCUCUGAUCAAAUACUGUUAACUCUGGUCUUGAGAAAAAAGUUAAAAUGCACAUUUGAGUCACGGCAUUCGCAACACCAUUUUAACAAAACUCAUAUUUUAUGUCAGUAAAUACUAUUCAAAAAUAGAAUGAAAACACACCAAUAUGUGGAUUAAGGGUGAUUUCCCCCUCUCUGAUUUCAGUGCAAGAGAAAACUAUUUUGCAUUUGAACAGUGACAAGCUGUCUCUUCAUUCAGCAGGUUACAAUAGCAGAUUAUUUUCACCAAGCCAAACUUACACAUUUUAAUAAACUUACAUACAAGUAAAUAUAAAAUAGGAAGUUUAAAUAGUGAGAAAAUAAUAUUGUGAAGUCUUUAUUUUUACCCCUAGCUCAAGUCCUCUCUAGUGGUAUUUUCAACCAUGAGAACCGAGUGACUGUUACGUCAAAGUCACAAACUUGAAGGCAUGAAAAGCCACCAAACUAUUUAUAAAACUCUCUAUUUAUAAAUCAAAGAGUUACCUUUGCAGCAUUGACUAUAUCUUAGAACAAGAGAAAAAGAAUAGUUCUGCUUGUCAUCAAUUUCCAGUCCAAACAUAAGGUAGAGAAUUAAUUUACAUGUCCUGUAACUCAAAACAUUUGGUGUUUUCUUCUUGGAAAAAAAGACAUACCAGCUGGAAUUUUACAUUUUUUACUAGUAAAUUCUGCAUAUAGUUUGAAAUAUAUUUUGAAAUGCUUCAAAUAAAGUGCAAACCCCUUUUUCUUCUAUAAAUCUGUUUAGUGACCAGUGAGGACACAUUCCUCCAAAACUGGAGUUCUGGACUGCUUCAGGGGAUAGUCAUUCACAGAAGGCACAUUCUGAAUAAAAUGUUAGAAACAACCUUCCUUUCAAUCAAAAA